AUGUCAACGGCAAAGGCCACCAAGAAGAGUGCCUUCUCCUGUGAGCCUUGUCGUCGUCGCAAGCGGUUAGAAGAACGAAUCAAGGAGUUGGAAGACCAAGUUGCGAAUCUUUCCAAGUCGCCUGCCUCCGUUGCUGGCUCAUCACACUCUAGCCCACCAGUAUCAGGCGCGCCAGAUGCUCCAUCACAAACCGCACGCCAUGCAUCCGACGAGCAGGCAAUGAGUCGAAGCUUCAGAAGCUUAAAGAUAGACGACAAGGGAAGCAUCACGUAUCAUGGCGCCACUAGUUUUUUCAAUCUUCCGAGUGACCGAACGGGUCCGAGUUCAGGGGACGUUCCAUUCCUGGAUCCGUCAACAUCAGACACCGACAGACAACGACGUGAACGUCUGAUUCAUAAUGCAUGGCACCAACGCGCCAUGGAGGACUUGUCUGAGAUACCUGAGCCAUUUCAGCACCUCCUCAACGUUCAUUGGUGCUGGAUUCAACCAUUGUUCAAUUUCAUCUAUCGACCUGUAUUUACACGCGACAUGCAAUCCAUGGGACCUUAUUACUCCCACACUCUUCUUAAUGCCGUAAUCUCACAUUCGAUUCGGUGGGGACGAAGUGAUCCUUCGAUCAAGCGGUUACUCGACGAGUCCUACCAAGGCGGCACCGUAUUCGGUAAACAUGCCCGAAGCAUGCUUUUCGAGGAGUUGAGCAAUGGCGUCUGUACGAUACCCACGAUACAAACUCUCCUCCUUCUCAGCGCACAAGAGUGUAGUCUGGGGAAUUCUACACAAGCCUGGACUUAUAGCGGUAUUGCCUUCCGGCUGCUAGACCAUCUUGGCAUAUGCGUGGAUAGCCAGCGAUUCCCGGGCUCUGUGCCGUUGAGUGACGAGGAGCUUGAGAUUCGCCGACGUAUCUACUGGGGUUGUUAUUUCUGGGACAAAUUAAUAUGUCUCUAUCUAGGGAGGUCUCCAUCGUUGCAACAUACAAGCAUUUCGCCGUCACAUAUCAUGUUUGACGACUCGGCCGAAAAUGACCUUUGGGUGCCAUUUGGCAUCCCCCAAACUGACACUGCCUGGAAAUAUCCCCCAACAACAGCUCACUCAGCAUCUUGCUUCAUGAGCAUGUGUCGGCUGGCCGUAAUUUUCAACGAAAUCCUGAUCCACAUGUAUGAUCCGCUGUCGCAAAAUACUGAUACUGAAAUUCAAGAAUGUCUCAAUUCCCAGGAACCAUUGUUACAGCAGUGGUGGGAUCAGUUACCAACGCACUUGAAAAUUGAUCCCGUGUCGUUGCCCGCCUUGGCUCCGCCAUCUCAUAUUGUGACGCUCAACUGUCUUUAUCAUGCGUUUAAAAUUUUGUUAUACCGUCCGAUGCUCACUGGUCGAGGUGAACGCGAAUGUGAAGGACCAUCUCCCGUCCAGGGCUACCUGGUGGAAAGUGUGACAUCAGCGACGUCCAUCAUUGCGAUCUUUGAUCUCUUCUGCAGGACCUUCACUAUGAAUUACUGCGUUUUGUCUCUCGCAUACUGCGUCUACAUUGCAUCAUCAAUCUUCCUUCUUCAAGUGCAAGCUGCUCCAGACGAUCAGCAAGCUAUGCGUAAGCUCACUUAUUGCAUACAGUGCCUGCAACAAGUAAGACAGAUCAGCCCGGUCAUCGCCUCUGCACUGAAUAACAUCAAUAAGGAGCUUACUGCUGUCGGAAUUGCUGUCGGAUCCUCUGUUCAGCAAAGCCCAGGGGCGCAUCAGUCCCCAUCGACUGGGGCAAGCCUUGCUAUACCUGGCGGCACAUACCAAACGUCUCCAGAUAUGGGCAGGCAGAUGCCUGUCCCUUCUCAUCCAGUGUACCAGCCAUCCUUUAGCCAUAAUUUUGGGCCAGAUGCUAUGUCCAUGGAGCCUGGGGUUUUCGAAGCCAUGUCAACCUUGGAGCCAUUGAGCAUUCGGGUCGGAGCAAUUCCAGACUCGGAAAACCUGCCCAACUUCCCAUGA